AUGGCAAGAAAAGGGGGCGGAAGAAAGGCCGGCGGCCAUUCCAGUCCUGCGUCACAUGACACGCCAGCAAAGACACACGAUGCCCCAAAACCCCACGACAGCCCAAAGCCGGACAAUGACACGAACCCAGCAAAACACAUCCCUACACCGCCUAAAGCUCCGAAAAAACCAGGAGACGCCGGCCAGCAAGACACCACGCCCGGACCUGGACCAACGCCACCGAAGCACGAUAUCUUUGGGGGUGAUCAACCUGGGCAUCCCGGAGCUGGACCAGCGCCACCAACAAAGAAGAAGGACGAUCUCUUUAAGGAUGAUGACUUCGGAGAUGGGCCAACGCCACCAAAGAAGGACGAUAUCUUUGGGGACGAUGGUUCGGGGCCUCCCAUCGGUGGACCAGCGGGAUCGAAGAAGAACGAUAUCUUUGGGGAUGAUAAACCUGCGCAUCCCGGAGCUGGACCAGUGGGAUCAAAGAAGGAGGACGACCCCUUUGGCGGCGGCAUCUUCGCAGAUGACAAACCGGCGCAUCCCGGAGCUGGACCAGGGGGAUCAAAGAAGGAGGACGAUUCUUUCGAAGGGGGCAUCUCCGCGGAUGACAAACGUGCGCGUCCCUCAGAUGACCACGGUAUGGGCAGCACACGUCGCCCGGACGACUUUCCAAAUGAUGGACCACCUUCCCAGCAACGGCCGGGUUACAACCAGUACGACGACCAAGCAAAUUUUCACCAACCGCCGAAUGGCAAUUACAACGAUUAUGGGAGCCAGCAACAUCCGAGCCGCAUGGGUCAACUUGGCAUGGAUGUGACGAGCACUUUGGCCAGCAGCGUCAUCGAUAACGGCAUCAAUCUAGGUUCGUAUGCAAUCCAGAACAAGAUGGAGAGGGAUUCGUAUGCCGCGCAGAACCAGAUGGAAAUGGAUAAUUAUGCCAAGCAGAACCAGAUGGAAAUGGAUAAUUAUGCCAAGCAGAACCAGAUGGAUCUGGAACAAAUGAAAGCCGUGCAAGAAGUCGAAAGGGCUCAGUACGCAACGGACCCGUCUGCUCAAGAUGGCUCAUACCCUGAAGAAGAAGGCCAGUACCCUGAAGAAGACGGCGUAUAUCCGGAAGAAGACGGCCUAUAUCCUGAAGAAGACGGCCUGUAUCCUGAAGAAGAGGGUCCGUACCCUGGAGAAGAGGGAAUAUACCCUGAAGACGACACAUACCCUCCAGAAGACGCUAUGUACGACCCCCAAGGCAGUAUGUAUCCCCCGGAAGACGCUUUGUAUGACUCCGAAAUGGGCGCGUACCCCACCGGUGAUGCCAUGUACCAGGAUGGGUCUUCUGGCCGGAACGACCAAUUUUCCCGUGACGGACCAGCCGUAUUUUAA